AGAACAAGAAGCUACACGCUUCAUUAAAUCCUGUCUAGUGUCGGCUGGCAGCUGGCUCCUUCACCAAUCCCCUCCUCACCUCUAACCAUCCUCCAUUUUUACCCUUUUCUUUUUGUUUAUUGACUCCAUAAUUACACUUUUUCCUUUCUUUUGGUUUUCUGAUACGAAGCGGUCUUUACUAAUUGAAUCUUUCUCCUCUCUUUAACUUUAAAAACGAGAAUAUCUUCUCUCUUUGCUUUUCCAUUCUUUUCAAUUCCCACCAAUACCAUCAGCCACCAACCUUCUUUCCUUUUGAUCUCUUCCUUCCACUUCCAUUACGUUUUUCACUUUCCAGUUCAUCAUCAGCAACAGAGGAUCAUCAUCUUGAUUACUGUAAUUGCAAAUACAUUAUCACUAGAUGCAGGGUUACGCUUACACCGCGAGACAAGGGACAUGGAGUGUUGGGGAAAGUUCUAGCUCAACAUCGUGGAGCAGUCAACAAGAUACUGAGGAUGACCGAAUGAUUGCUCUUGUAUUAUCUGAAGAGUACGCCAAUUUAGAUGGUGCAGUUGCUAGACGCCUUGCUAACCUAGCACCUGUUCCUCAUGUUCCGCGGAUAAAUACAUAUAUACCUAAUCUAAGUGAUGCCAGUAUGGACCACCAAAGGCUUAUUCAGAGGCUAAAUGUUUAUGGUUUAUAUGAGGUGAGGGUUUCUGGUGAUGGAAAUUGUCAGUUUCGUGCACUUUCAGACCAGAUGUAUAAGUCACCUGAGCACCAUAAGCAUAUUCGUAAAGAGGUUGUGAAACAGCUGAAAGACAACCACUCAUUGUAUGAAGGCUAUGUCCCAAUGAAGUACAAACGUUAUUACAAGAAAAUGGCAAAAUCUGGUGAAUGGGGGGAUCAUGUCACGUUACAAGCAGCAGCAGAUAAGUUUGCAGCAAAGAUCUGCCUGUUGACAUCCUUUAGAGAUACUUGUUUCAUUGAAAUUAUGCCACAAUACCAGUCACCUCAACGUGAGUUAUGGUUAAGUUUCUGGUCUGAGGUACACUACAAUUCGCUAUAUGAAAUUCAAGAUGCCCCAAUCCCACAUAAGCCAAGGAAGAAACACUGGUUGUUCUAGAGGAACAGAGUAGAUGUGUAUACCUACAAUUCUUAUAUUUUAUUUCAUUUAUUACCAUUUUUUUUUACAGUUGUAGUUUUGGUGGGGUAGUAUUUUCUUUUUCUUUUCUUAAAUUUUUUAUACAUUGCAAUUUAAAUGAUUAAUACAGGUUCACUUUUCUGCUUCA